AGAAGCGGGGCGAGCCGAUGUCUGUUAACCAGCUGAUCGUCCACCCAGACAGAGAGGGGAGGGGGGGGGGGAGAGAGAGAGGAGUGACUACUGAUGCUCCAGUGAUCUGCACUGUGUGAGUCAGUGCUGUGGAGAGCAAAACAGAAACAGCAGCAGCAGCAGCGUGAGACUCUCGCGAUCGUCAACAACACAGAAGAGCAGGAUGGGAAAGCUCAGCCGCUAAGCAUAGGAGGAAGUGCGCGAGCCUUAGAGAACAACAGAGCAACAGCAGCUCACAAUACGAGGGGAAUAAAGAGGACUGUGGAAGAUCACUGAGACUGGUUGACAGCAGUGACAAUCUCUCCAGAGGAAGAGGAAGUUUACAGUUAAGUCUCGGAGGUGGCAGCAGGUUUUGGACCUGACGUGCCGCAGCGAUGUCCUGGUUGUCUCCGGUCCAAUGGGCCAAAUGGACAUGGUCAGCAGUGACUGGAGUAGCUGGAGAAGAGGGGCAACCCCUAUCCAAGGGUGGAGGAGAGUACAAUUCAGACUCAGAGGGGACUUUUGAGACGCCAGAGGCAGAGUCUCCUGGUGUUGCGAAGCACCUUAGCCAACUGGACAACUCCAACCACACAGGUACAAACCACUUUUUGGACAACAACUCCAACCAGGAGGUCGGCCCAGAUUCAUCCCCAGAUGUUGAUUCGCUGAACAACGUCAGCAACUCCAGAACCAACAACCGCAGCUUCGGUUUGGACCAGAACCUCAACCUGACCCUCAGCAACAAACCCAGCCCUGGAGGGGUCCAUCAGCCCCAGCCUCCAGCCCUCCGGCCCCCAUCACUGUCCGUCCUCUCCUCUCUGAACAAACCCGACCCCUCGGAGGUGGACGACGUGGCCCCGGCGGUGUCUGACUCCAGCACGGACUCCAACUCCACCCCCAGUCAUGACAUUUGUGUGGACCCUGAUUUGCUUAACGGCAACAAGAACUCCAACUCAAAACUGACCUGUGAGACCAACGGCACAGUAAUCACGAACUCUUGUAAAGUAAAGCCGAACCAGCCAAUGCAAAAGGAUUUCAGUGGACAGCUGUUAAAGGAUGACCACCAUGGAGGCCACGCCACAGACGAGGAGAAGCUGGCGAUCAGUGUCAAACCGGACAAGGACCAAAGCGCUCAAGACUGCCAUGUGACAUCAAAGCCCGAGGACUGCUGCUCUGUGUUCGGGGACCCAUGCGAGCGGAAGAACAAAGCGGAGGGAGGGGAAAUGAAGAAAACAGGAAGUCAGGUCCUGGAUUCCAUCUGCAUCAGUGAGGCAGAAAAACAGGCCGUUCUCACCCUCAUCAGAGAGGAGAUCAUCACUAAAGAGGCAGUGGCAAACGACUGGAAGAAAAAGUACGAGGACAGCAAACAAGAAGUCAGCGAGAUGAGGAAGAUUGUUGCAGAAUACGAGAAGACAAUUGCUCAGAUGAUUGAGGAAGAGCAGCACAACACCAAGAUUUCCCAGAAGACUUUGCAGGCUGUGACGGCGGAGAAAGAAAGCACCAUGGCAGACCUGAACUCUGUGGAGCGCUCUCUCUCUGACGUGUUUCGGCGAUAUGAAAAUCUGAAGAGCACCCUGGAGGGAUUUAAGAAAAAUGAGGAGGUGCUGAAGAAAUGUGCUCAGGAGUAUCUGGCCCGAGUCAAGCAGGAGGAGCAGAGAUACCAGACGCUCAAAAUCCAUGCUGAGGAGAAACUAGACAAGGCCAAUGAGGAGAUCGCUCAGGUGCGUGGAAAGGCGAGCUCAGAGAACAUGGCGAUGGCGGCCAGUUUGAGGAAGGAGCAGAUGAAGAACGAGUCUCUGGAACAAGCUCUGCAGCAGAAGAAUCAAGAGAUGGAGGAACUGACCAAGAUCUGCGAUGAGCUGAUUGCCAAAAUGGGAACAAUAGACUGAGUGACUGCGAGUCCUCAGAGCGACGCCCUGUGCAUGAAGAAGCAACCUCCAUACCCUCUGCCAGCCCUGCAACACAGAGAAUGCUCCUGUACAGAUGUCUAAAGUAACUUCCUGUAAACUACAAUUGCACUACUUCUGACCCGAACCUAGACGGUUUUGUACAUGCCAAUAAUUGUUCUAGUAGGAACUGUGUUAUAUGUAUGUGGUCACGUUGUUUUGUUUGUCUGUUACGAGGCCAUCUUGUGCUUUGCCCAUCAUGCCAGCGAGCAACAACCUGCUUGUGAUUCAACUUUAAUUCCCAACGGAUUAACAGCUAAAUUCCCAGCAACUCCUUGAAUGACAUCAUGCAGGCGGGGUUGUUUAGGAGUUACAUUUUUGCAUACAGUAUAUUUGAUUAGGCUUUGACAAGGAUUGAUUUUUUUAUGAAAGCAACGAUCCAUGACAUGUAUUUUAUGCUAUAAACUCUGAAAGAGAAAAGCUCAGGGGUGUGUGUGGCAAAAUGAGGUCAGGGUCAAAGUCAGGCUGCACAAGAACUGGAGGAAAGGAUUUACGAUUAGUUGAGGAAAUACAGAAGUCCUCGGAGGCCUUGGUUUGUUCAGGACGGAUACUGAAUCCAGAACGAGUCAGUGAAACUAAAGCUGAGAAUAAUUCGCAGCGUUAGCUUUACCUAGAUUCUGGACAAUUAAAAUCGACUGUUUCUCAGUCGCAAAGAAGUAUAACAACCUGAGAGUAACAGACCCGUGAUUGUAUAAACAGUAAAGAGAACUUUAUAAUGAAAACACUUAAUCCACUCCACCACUGUACGUUAACCAUCCUGUGUUAAAAGUCCUAAACAACUGGAAAAUAUUAAAACAUGGAGACUAUAUUUUGAUUAAAGAUAUUUUAAGCAAUUAUACGAUUAGCAAGUGAUGCACUUGAGCGUCCACUAUCACCUUUACCUCCUACCGUGAAGUGUUUGACAGCUUUAUAGGAAGUUUAGUCAGUUGCUUCUGCGUGAUAAAGAUGUGAGCGCUCAUGCCUGUAUUUACAGCUCUGCAUAGUCUGUUUCUUUGCAUGACUUUUUUAAGAGCUCUGUUUUUCUCAGAAAGCAAAUUGUUUCCUCAAAUCACUGGUGAAACUAUGUAAUAAUGACUGAGUAGUAAAUGGGAUUCAAACACUCAGUUCUGUGGGGUCGGUCACCAUCGAAAACUUUGUAAUGUCUGAUACCCCAGACACAAACCCACUGAUGUGCCACCGUUUAUAUUUUUGUGCCAUUAUUAUGUUGUGUUACUUCUCAGCUGUUUUGUCAAAAUUAUUGUUUUGUCACUUUAGUUUCUUCCUUUAAUUACUAUUGUUUGUAAUUGUAAAUUAGGAAAGAGAGAAUCUCACACUUGUGUUGAUACAUUGACUAACAGUAUGUGUGUACAUUUGCCUGAAUAAAAAUACAUAUAAUUUGUUCGACAACAA